AUGGGUGUUCCACGGAGAAGCUGUAGAUACGCUCUCUCAGCCAAGAACCUGGCUACUGAUUGUUCACUGAGUGUUCACUAUGAGAACAAGUUGUCAGGAGCAGCUCAGAAAGUUAUAGCAACCAUGAAAACGAUGGUACAGCUUUUGGAAAGCCUUGGCUUUGUGGUUUCUGAACUGACGCAUGUUGCUGGUCAACACGCUCAAUUUGGCAAACAUAGGGGCCCAGUUAGCAUUACCAAGCAUUUUAAUGCCAAAUGGAUGACUGAACAAGGAAUUGGGCGCAGAGUGGCGAAGCCUGCCUGCGAGAAGGCAAGAGAGCACGGGCGGCGGCGGCAUCACUGGCUGCCGCAGGAGCCGCAGUCGCAGUCAUCUCCUCCGGUCUUCCUUCGUAACGAUGCCGCUGUUAGGUGCGCCUCUGAAAGUCAAGGCGUGCUCUGCGCCCUUGCCAUUGCGGCGGGGGCUGCUGCCGGCUGCAGGCAACCUUCUCCGUCUGAUACCGACGACAGUGCAACCGCUGUUGCUAAGAGCGGGGUUAAAUUCUCCCCCACGAUUCUGUCAUCAGUUUGGAGACUGGUUGUGAGAAGAACCUUGAUAUCGAAUAAGCUUCAUGGCGAAAACCCGAAAUCUUCAUGUGCAGGAACUUCCAUAGCAGGCUGUGGCCUUUUUUCAUCAAGCCAUGCAGGGCCCAGAAAGGGGACCAUGCUUUUAUUCAUGGUGGUGCCCCUUCCUGGGUUCGUGCAUGACAUUUCGGGAAUAAACCAAAUACCAGAAGUUUGUCAAACAUGCAAGACGCUACCGUUUCAAACACACCUAAGGAUAAAUCCCAUUGAAUGUGGUUGGGUUUACUUCAGAGCUGGAACCUCACUCCAGUCUGCAGAAUGUCACACACAUCAGAGGAGAAAGAAAAGAUCCAGAAAAGAGCUUUAAAUUGCAUAGCAAGCUGGGAGCUUUUACCAAAAACUGCGUAAAACUGAAGCAUCCAGUUGCUCUUUCAGAAUCUGAUGAAGAAUUAACAGUUAUGCUGCCUGCUAUAGAACUCUGUUUCCAUUGUGUUGCUCUGACAUAUCUGUAAAUAAACAGAUACGUUGCAAAGACAGCAUUAGUUACUUUCCAGUGUUCUCUCAUUCAGAGCAAAUUAAACUUUGUGCUGCUGCCCUGGACUUCUCACUGCGGAAGAAAAUAGGAAAUGUGUAACUUUUGCAAACAGAUUUGAGCCAGAUAAUUUGCUUGAAACUGUUUUUUAAAACCCCAAAUUUAUUUCAGUCAAACUAUGCCAUUUUCUUAAUUCCUGGGAAAUGCAACAGGCCUUCUUUCACUGAGUGAGUGUUUUAUGCAUCAGCUGAGUGUUUUAUUCAUCAUUUUAUGUUGUAUGUGUGUAUGUAUAUAUGCAUGUAUCUAUCUAUCUAAUAUAUUUUAUCUGCUCACAAAAUAGCAUACACACACACA